UAUACUCCUCCAAAUGCUGUCCUAUCCCGUUGAAUGCUUGUUUAUACUUGUUAAAAUCUUUUACGUUGAUGUUAUAUUUGUUAGGUGGGUAUGAUCCCUUGGUUUUUGUGAGAGAGACAUAGAAAUUCAACUGAAAUUCUUGUAUCUGAAUUUUCUUGAUUUUACUAAACUUUAAAGUCAGGAAUUUUUAUCUGCUUGCUUUUCUAGAUGGUUAGAUCCAAAUCAAAUCUUGUUUUUUUGUUUUCACCAGUCUCACCAGAUUUGGAUUUGGGACCUCUUUUGUUAUUGCCUUUUUUCUCAAAAUCAAAAUCAAAUUUUACAAUUAGUUUAUAAAAAAAAUUAUAGUCCAAAUUAAGAUGUGUAUUAUCGUUAUUAUUAUCAUUGUUAUUAAAAUAAAAAUUAUUUAGUACCAUCAGAAGACAUGAUAUUUUCAGUAGAAGAAUCAAUGAGCGAAGUUUUCUUUAGUAGAAGUAUUGAUGAUUGAACUUUUGGGGGGAAAUUGCUCAUUUUUUAUUGUCAGUGACCUACAAUUGUAUUAGAGGUGAUGGUUGAAACUAAAUUAGAGCACAUCCGUCUUCAAAGGUGAUACUUCUUAAUCAGUAUGAGGAAAUGCAUGUGUGUUUUUCUGGGUCAUUAAUUUUAAAACAAACUACAAAUCUAUCUAUGCUAAGCCUACUAUCACAAUCUUUGAACUGAUUGUUAGAUAUUGACAAAAAAGAUUUCUAAUAAUUUUUCCUCUUUCUAUCAGAUCUAUUGUUAUGUGAACUGAGGGGGUUAGAGCGGUGAGCUUUUUUCCACUUAUCGGCUUUGUUGUCAGGGAUGACAUUGUUAAAUGAGUGGGAGGGGUAGUGAAGUUGUGACGAGGUGUCGAUUGUACUCAAAGAUGAGACAAUAAAAUUAAGAAUAACAUAUUUAAUAUAUAACAAAUGAAACAAAUACAUAGAAAUAUAUUCUAAAUUUUUAAAGAAGACGAAAGUAUAAUGAUGAUAACAUUUCUGCAUUGUGACAAUAAUAGACAGCCGAUGUCCAUCUUUUCCGUACCCUUGAUGUGGGUUCCUGUCCCUGGUGACGGGACCUCCCAGAGAUGGUUUACUAAUUCUUCUUUACCAUCUGGGAGUGUAUGUAUGUUAGAGUUUUUAGAGCAUUGAUUGCAGCUGUUAGUUUUUCGAUGUCUGCUUUCAUCUGUUUUAUUUUCGCUUGGUGGGGUUCAUCUCUAUUACUAUUGGCACUAUUAACUUUGCAUUCUUGAGGCUCUUCCUCAAUCCUUGAAGAAUUAAUCUCACUUCGUUUCGAAUAUCUAUCUGUUUGUUUCACUAUUCUUUUAGCUAACUCAACAGCCUCUUCUAAUGUUUGAGGGUCAGUGCGGAUGACUUCUUUUUGAAUGUGGGGCAUUAAUCCCUGCAAAAACUGAUUCUUUAACAUAUUUUCCUUUAUAACUUUAUACAGAGGGGAACUUUUUUCCAGGGUCUCCAUUGCAGAUUUCAGUCUAAAAGUGUAGCUUUUGAUUGGUUCUCCCUUUCUCUGUUCUAUACGAAUGAAGCUCUCUAGGGCGGCAUUUGUAUUGCUUAUUUGUGGGGAGAAGCAUUCGAUGAGGUCUUCCUUGAUUUUUUCAAAGUCCGAUCCAUGAAAGGAUUCACUUUCGAAUAGGUAGGUGAGCGGUCUACUCUUUAGUCUGGCUCUUAAUAUUACAAGUUUUGUUAUUUGAUCCCAUUUCGCUAAACUAGCAACUUGCUCAAAACAAUUAAAGAAUUGAGCGAUGCUGAUUGAUUUCCUUUUGGCCCGAAAAGAAGGGAAUCUUUCCCAAAACUCCAGAGACAAUUGGGGCCUCUUGAUGGCUGCUGGAAGGCUGUUCACUAGAUGUCCUUUGUUCCUCCAUAUUGGAAUUACAAUUAUGUUAGAAUUACAACAAUUAUGCUACACGUUACACUUUGUUUUUUUUUUUUAUAUUAUAAUUACGGAUAACUAUUUACGCUCGUACAGCAGUACAUAGAAAGGUAUACACGUAUCCUGUCGCGGAUGCCAAUUAUGUGGUGUGACAGGUUAACGAAAAACCAUAUUAUACAAGAAUACACCACGUGUUAACACAAAUUUUAACAAGAAAUAGAGGAAAUUAUUUAUUUACAGUUUAUCACCAAAUUAAUUUUAAUACAUUAACUUGAACCCGUAUAUAAUACUAAACCGUUCCUGUUGUUCUCUCACGUGGACAAAGCUUAUAUAUCUGGUUACACGUGUGGAUCCCGAAGCCGACCAGUGCACAAUUCGUUGUGACCAUAUUAUACUAAUACUUAUGACUAACUUAAUUUAACUUAUAAACUAAUAUAAUCUAGGUAGAGGAAAAAAGUAUAGAAAUGUUAGGUUAGAAAGAAAUCCCCGUUAUCUGUACAAAAAAAUUGGGCAACCUCCCAACGUACACUCCCUGACCACAUGGAUUCGCUCUGUCAUCUUCCUCACGUGGUUCUCCCCUCGCUUUCUUCUCUCCGAAUGAAAAAAGAAAGUCCCGUCCUCCUACGCUGCCUUGUCGGUUGUUUCCCCUUUUCGGCCCAAAACUAGCCAGAAAGUGCAAAAAGGUCAAAAGAAGAAAAAUAGUGUGGGUUAUUUUAAGUAAAGAGGAAAUUAUAGAUAACAUAAGAUAUUAUCGACUAAAACCAUACAUAUACAUGGUGGGAUACACCACAGUGUCCUAGCACUUUGGCGUAAGCUUCACAACCAAAUACUUCUAUGUUUGACAUAUCUGGCCUUCUUUUAUACCAUUUUUCAGCAUGUGUUACUUCUACUGUGUCAGAAUGACAAUGAUUAAGAAGAGAAGCUGAGCUUCUAACAGCCUCUCCCCAAAGCUUCUCUUCAGCCCUUGAUUCAUACAGUAGUGCUCUGGCUUUCUCCAUAAUUGUACGAUUAAGCUUUUUAGAUUUUCCAUUCAGUUGAGGUGUAUGGGAAUGCUAUAAUCAAGAACAAUUCCUUUGUUAUUACAUCAAUGCUUAAACUCAUUACUUGAGUAUUCUCCUCCAUUGUCACAUCUCAAUUUUAGAACUUUUAGAUUUUGAAGAGCUGCUUCUAGUACAAAUUCUUUAAUGUAUUCAGAGGCUUCAAAUUUGUUUUUCAGUAGAUAUACUACUGCAUAAUCAGUGUAGUCAUCCAUAAUAGUUAAGAAGUAUUUUUCUCAUCCCAUGUUUUAGGUUCUACAGGGCCACACACAUCAGUAUGUAGGAUCUGCAGAGCACGUUCUGAUCUUUGUCUUUCCUUAUUGAAAGGUAGUUGUGUUUGUUUAGCUUUGAUACAUGUUUGGCAUGUAUGAUCUAGUUUCUCACAAUCUUUCCAUGAUAUGUUCAUUCCAUCAACUAGGUUAAUUGUUUUCUUUAAGCUGCUAAUUCCGGGACGACCCAGUCUUGCAUGCCAAAGUUGAGCUUCAGUUUUUUUUUUUUUGUUACACUUCUGUUAUUGAUUGUAUUAAACUUGCUUUGGACUAUCAUAGAGCUAUCCUUACUUGUUGUUUCCAGAGCAACUGUAUAAAGUCCAUUUUCUUGUUUUAUACCCUCACAGAUAAUAUCAUCUCCUCUUGUGAUGAUAACUUUAUCUUUGGUAAAUGUGACUUUGCUAUCAUUUUCAGUGACAGCAUUAACUGACAACAAGUUUGUACAUAAAUCAGGCACAUAUAAUGUCUUUUCAAGUAUAAAAUCUUCACCUUCAAUUCCUCCUACUCCAUAUGUCUUCAUUGAUUCAGAGUCCUUUGCUACCAUCACACUCUUUGUAUUUUUGAAAAAACUUUUUAACAGACAAAAUGUCAUUUGUCGUAUGUGCUGUACAUCCUGAAUCAACCACGAAUUCUGUAUCUCUUAAGAUUUUAUUUGACUGUGCUAAGAAGGACACUUUCUGUAAAUUUUCGUCCGAUGGAGAUAAUUAUGAUUAAUUCUUUUGAAGACAAAGUGCUUUCCAAAAAAUAGGAACCACCAUUUAUUAACUUUGUGUUCCAGACAUUACACUUUUGGCGCUGGUAAAAUGUAGAUAAGGAAAACUGGCCCAUAGUGACGAUACCUGGUAUCGUCACCAGAUACAGUUUUCCUCAUCUACAUUUUACCAGCUCUUAUUUUGUUGUAGAUAAAAGCUGAAACAAUGCCAGCAAGGUAUGAUGGAAAAUAGAAGACGUCUGAACAUCACCAGUUCUUGUUUUUUUUUUAAAUAUUUAUAUUUUUAACUGGAUAUUUUUGUAUGUUAUAAAGGACUGUUUGGAGGCCAGUAGCCUAAAAGAAAAGGUCAGUCGCCAAAAGUGUAAUGUCUGGAACACAAAGUUAAUAAAUGAUGGUUCCUAUUUUUUGGAAAGGACUUUGUCUUCAAAAGAAUUAAUCAUAAUUAAAGGACACUUUCUCUUUGCUACUUCUUCUGUUGAAUGUAUUAGGGUCCAUAUUAGGUCUAAAAUAACAGUCCUCUUCAGCAUGGUUGUUGUUCUUACACACACCACACCACUUAGUUCUUGCCCUGAAGUAAUAGUCUUUGUCAAUGUGGUUACCUUUUUUACAUAUUACAUGGACGAGGCAAGGAAGGGCAAACACUCCCUUCCUUGCCUCGUCCUUAUAACCGUGUCGCCCCCUCCAACGAACAGGAAGUGAAGGAUGGAAAGAUCGAUAAACGAGAAAACAAAGAACACAAAGAAGAAUAUUUAAUACUAGAAUUACGACUAGCGCGUAUACUAUAAUAUGGCGUCUCGUCACAGACAUUUGUAUAGAGAGGUUUCAUGUCGACAUCACAAGUAACGUCAUGAGCAUGUGCAAUUGUCCAGUGCCAUCUUUGUGACUUGUUUACAUUUUGUGUGUGUCCACGUGCGCUUUAACUGGAGUUCUUGUAUUGUUUCUUUCGUUGCGAAUAUCACUAUGGUUAUUUGUUGUGUAAUUGGGUGUAAUGCUAGUUCACUCAAGAACAAAGGAACCUCAUUUUUUAAAAUUCCCAGCAUUAUUUGUCAUCAAGGAUACCAAACUAAAGAGCUUUCACGACGAAGAUAAUCUGCAUGGCUCUCGAGAAUUAACCGGAAAAAUUUCAAUACGGAUAAAGUGAAUAUCAAUACAAGAGUUUGUAGAAACAUUUCAUUUCAGGUAAGCAAUAAAUCAAAUUACUAGUUAUCAAUAAAUUAAAUAAACUUAUACAUGAGUAUCAUAGUGUCUGCUUGUAAUAAAUAUACAGUAGAGUUAAUAUUAAAAUGUUAAACAAAGAUAAUCACUUAGCAGAUGAAGAAUUAGAAGUGUAUUUUAAACCAAUUUCCUUCCAGUCUAAUUUACAUAAAUAAAUAUGUAUUUUUUAAGAUAUAAACCAAUAAUUUCCAUUUUUCAUUUACAAAUAGUUAAGUUAGUUUAUUUUGGUGAGCAACAUUAACAUUUGUUUAAGAUGCUACUUUUUACAUUGCAUUUUUAUAUUAGUAACAAAUAAUUAUUACAUAGUACAUGUAAUGUUCAACUUGUUCCUGACAAAUUCUUAUUAUUUAUAUAUAACAUACCAUAAUGAUAAGUUAUUUUAAUAUUAUGUGAAAUUACUAACAUUAAACACAGUAUAUUAAUAAUAAUAAAAAUAAUUUAAUAUUAAAUUGUCAUAAUAUAUUAUUUAAAAAUUAUUUUCAUUCCAAAGGAAAACCUUCCUCAUUGUAUGAUGAGUCAUCACCAGACUGGGUGCCAACAUUAUACAUGGGGUAUGAGAGUGACCACAACUUAACUGCAAAUCAGGAGCGUUAUGAAAGAGCACGUAAUCGCAAGAUACAACGAGUGGCCUUAGAAGCUGAAACUCCUAAGGCAGCUGAAGCUUGCACCCAACCUCCUACUGUUAAAGAUGCAGAGAUCUCAACAACUGCAGAAAUGCAAGAAGCAGAGCCUUUAAAAUCUAAUGCAUGGGUACAAACUACAUCUUUAGUUGAAACUGUCACUUGUCAGACCGAAUUUAAAGCUAAAGAUAUAGAAAGCUUGCAAUUUGAGUGUGCAAACUUGAAAACUGAAGUAUUAUUAUUAAAAAAAACAUAUGUUCUUAAUGAAGAUUUUUUUGUGGGUGAUGACAGCAAGGUUCAUUUUUUAGUGGACUGAGCAAUUUUAAAUUGCUAUCAUUGAUACUGAACCUUUGUCGUAAACAGAUUGAUCAUCCAAAUUCCAGAAAAUUAACUCCUUUUCAAGAGAUGAUAGUAUGUUUGAUGAGACUUCGCUUAAAUUUAAGUCUGGAAGAUUUGGCUUACAGAUUUAAUAUAUCAAAAGCAACAAUAUGCCAAAUCUUUGACAAGUGGCUGCACAUUUUAUACAUCAGGUUAAGCAGAUUGAUUGUUUGGCCUGAGAGAGAUGUGCUGCAAAAAACUAUGCCCAAAGAAUUUAAAAAAACUAUUGGCAAUAAGAUUGCAGUAAUAAUAGACUGUUUUGAGCUUUUUAUUGAACGACCUUCGUCAUUAGAUGCUCACUAUUUGACAUGGUCCCAGUAUAAGCACCAUAACACAGUAAAGUUUUUAAUAGGUGUUACUCCUCAAGGAUCUGUGUCUUUUAUAUCAGAACCUUGGGGAGGAAGGGUUAGUGACAAACACCUAACCGAACAUUCUGGAUUGCUUAAAUAUUUACUGCCUGGGGAUUUAGUGCUAGCAGACAGAGGUUUUAACAUUAUAGAUAGUAUUGGAAUUACUGGAGCACAGCUAUCAGUUCCUGCAUUUACCAGUAAACAACAACUUUCUGCAUUGGAAGUAGCAGAAAGAUGUCUCAUUUGAGAAUCCAUGUGGAGCGAGUAAUCAGUCGCAUUAAAAAUAAUUUUAAAAUUCUAGAGUCAACAUUGCCAAUUGAGCAUGUGACACUAAAGGGACAUGACAAUGUAACAUCAAUAGAAAAGAUUGUACAUGUUAGUUGUGCUUUAA